GUUGCCCACGACGCGUUACCCGCAACGGUAGCAGGCGAGCCCUCUCCUGGCAGCCAAAGCCGCCAGCUCGUGUGCUCGGAUACCCCCGAGUUCCAUAUCGCAAUCUUUGCCAGCCUGCGCGCAAGCGUCGCCGUUUCAAUAGCAAUUGAGUGAAAUUUUAUUUUAUUUUUUUCGGUGACCCGCAACGGGACAUGUCAGGCGGUGGUGGCCAGUGAUUGCCACGAAUCACCCGGUCAUCCGGGAUGUUCAACUACGAGGAGGGGGAUGCCGACCAGGCGGCCAUGGCUGCAGCGGCUGCCUAUAGGGCACUGCUCGACUACUAUGCCAAUGCGCCAAGUGCGGCGGGUCACAUAGUGUCGCUCAACGUGGCACCCUACAAUGGAACUGGAAACGGAGGCACUGUCUCCUUGGCGGGCAAUGCGACAAGCAGCUAUGGCGAUGAUGAUAGGGAUGGCUAUAUGGACACCGAGCCCAGUGACCUGGUCACCGAACUGGCCUUCUCCCUGGGCACCAGUUCAAGUCCAAGUCCCAGUUCCACACCCGCUUCCAGCUCCAGUACUUCCACUGGCAUGCCCGUCUGGCUGAUACCCAGCUAUAGCAUGAUUCUGCUGUUCGCCGUGCUGGGCAACCUGCUGGUCAUCUCGACGCUGGUGCAGAAUCGCCGGAUGCGUACCAUAACCAACGUGUUCCUGCUCAACCUGGCCAUAUCGGACAUGCUGCUGGGCGUGCUCUGCAUGCCCGUCACCCUGGUGGGCACCCUGCUGCGAAACUUCAUCUUUGGCGAGUUCCUCUGCAAGCUCUUUCAGUUCUCGCAAGCCGCCUCCGUGGCCGUUUCGUCCUGGACCUUGGUGGCCAUAUCCUGUGAGCGCUACUACGCGAUAUGCCAUCCACUGCGCUCGCGAUCCUGGCAGACAAUCAGUCACGCCUACAAGAUCAUCGGCUUCAUCUGGCUGGGCGGCAUCCUCUGCAUGACGCCCAUAGCGGUCUUUAGUCAAUUGAUACCCACCAGUCGACCGGGCUACUGCAAGUGCCGUGAGUUUUGGCCCGACCAGGGAUACGAGCUCUUCUACAACAUCCUGCUGGACUUCCUGCUGCUCGUCCUGCCGCUUCUCGUCCUCUGCGUGGCCUACAUCCUCAUCACGCGUACCCUGUACGUAGGCAUGGCCAAGGACAGCGGACGCAUCCUGCAGCAAUCGCUGCCUGUUUCCGCUACAACGGCCGGCGGAAGCGCACCGAAUCCGGGCACCAGCAGCAGUAGUAACUGCAUCCUGGUCCUGACCGCCACCGCAGUCUAUAAUGAAAAUAGUAACAAUAAUAAUGGAAAUUCAGAGGGAUCCGCAGGCGGAGGAUCAACCAAUAUGGCAACGACCACCUUGACAACGAGACCAACGGCUCCAACUGUGAUCACCACCACCACGACGACCACGGUGACGCUGGCCAAGACCUCCUCGCCCAGCAUUCGCGUCCACGAUGCGGCACUUCGCAGGUCCAACGAGGCCAAGACCCUGGAGAGCAAGAAGCGUGUGGUCAAGAUGCUGUUCGUCCUGGUGCUGGAGUUUUUCAUCUGCUGGACUCCGCUGUACGUGAUCAACACGAUGGUCAUGCUGAUCGGACCGGUGGUGUACGAGUAUGUCGACUACACGGCCAUCAGUUUCCUCCAGCUGCUGGCCUACUCAUCCAGCUGCUGCAAUCCGAUCACCUACUGCUUCAUGAACGCCAGCUUCCGGCGCGCCUUUGUCGACACCUUCAAGGGUCUGCCCUGGCGUCGUGGAGCAGGUGCCAGCGGAGGCGUCGGUGGUGCUGCUGGUGGAGGACUCUCCGCCAGCCAGGCGGGCGCAGGCCCGGGCGCCUAUGCGAGUGCCAACACCAACAUUAGUCUCAAUCCCGGCCUAGCCAUGGGUAUGGGCACCUGGCGGAGUCGCUCACGCCACGAGUUUCUCAAUGCGGUGGUGACCACCAAUAGUGCCGCCGCCGCCGUCAACAGUCCUCAGCUCUAAGCUGUAGAGGAUUCGCCUCCAAGGACCCAUUCAGGAUCAACGAGAUGCGGUGUAAAUAUGUAUGAUAAGCGAUCUGCGUGUGGUUUUUUUUUUUGUUUUAAGUAAGGCGAAUAUGGAUUUUUUUUACCUACUUGUGAUUAUGAUCGUACUCGUAAAAUAACUCAGACGCUAGUCUAUUGGUGUUUCAAUUGAACUUCCUAAGGUUGCUGCAAAUAAACAGAGUAAAACUUAAG